GAGCCCCGCGGAUCCGGCGCUGAGCGGAAGUACGGACAGUGAACUGGCGUGGAAUCGCGACUAUGGGAGCUCCGGGGGGAAAGAUCAACCGGCCCCGAACGGAGCUGAAGAAGAAGCUGUUCAAACGCCGGCGGGUGUUGAAUCGGGAGCGGCGUCUGAGGCACCGGGUGGUCGGGGCUGUGAUAGACCAAGGGCUGAUCACGCGGCACCACCUCAAGAAGCGGGCGUCCAGUGCACGUGCCAACAUUACGCUGUCAGGGAAGAAGCGCAGAAAACUCCUCCAGCAGAUCCGGCUUGCCCAGAAAGAGAAGACAGCCAUGGAAGUGGAAGCCCCUUCAAAGCCAGCCAGGACUAGUGAACCACAGCUCAAAAGGCAAAAGAAGACAAAAGCCCCCCAGGAUGUAGAAAUGAAGGACCUUGAAGAUGAGAGCUAAACCUCUUCCACUAGAAGAUUCUCAACUGGAGCCAGCCUUCAGACUCAGUGGUUGUUUCAGAGGACUUUGACAAAAGCAAGGCCCCUUUUCACUCUCCAGAUUUCCUCCUACCUAAUGGCCUACUGACCUCCCCUAGAGGGAUGUCUUUGGGAGGGAAGAAGGUACAGAAGAAAGAUUGGAGAAGGGCCUCUCUAGCAGUCAACUCCAUUUGUAAUAAAGCCCUAGCACUCUGA